AAUACGUAAAUAAGUUGUUGUGCCAAGCAAGAGGAAAUCUCCUAUAGAAGUGUCUCCCUAUCCCAUACCCGAUAACUGUGCGUUUCAAGGAGAGUGUGCCAAAACAGAACGUCUGGACAUGACAGAGAUUCUCCUAUAGAACUAGUAGCUCAUGUAUUGUUUACACUGUUUAGUAGUCCAACUUGUAUAAUAAUUGUUAGUACACGUAGUCAGUCAACACACAUUGAAACAUGAAAGCCAUCAAAAUGGAUAUGUAUAUAAGCUAGUGAAUUUAGCUAUAAUAAUUAUAGCUACCAAAUUCACAGAGUUUCAUCAGUCAGUAUAAUUAUAGUAAAGUAGCGCUUGACCAAAAACAAGAUGAAGGUUGCUAUUACUAGUGUCACUUUACUGCUCUGUGUGGCUACAGCUGUUGGAAAACCAGCAAGGCCACAAGACCUUCCACAAUGUAUAAAAGAAGGAUGGCUUGAAUUUGCAACCAAAGAUGAAGCUUGCUCCAACAAGAUAGUGGAAAUCUUUCAAAAUAAACAGGUGAAUGACAGCUAUUUUAGAUCUCUAUGUGCCAGUGCUUGUGCAAAAGAAGCUAAUGACUACUUUAAAGAAAAGUGUGGAGUGUCCCUUGGGGAGAUUUUCUGUUCUAAAGACCCAAGAGACCAGCACUACUGCUUUACAUCGGAUAAAAGUGUCACCACUUACAAGCAAAUUGGCCUAGUUCUGAGUGGACCCUGUGCCUACAAGGACUGCAGUGAUCCCACAUGCAAUACUGCCGUCAAAAAUAUAACUUGCUGUGCUAAAGAAGAUAAAGAUUCCUAUUUAGACUUGUAUGGUUACUUCCCUAUCCCUCCACUACCUGGUAACUGUGUGUUUCCGGUAGAGUGCGCCAAAACUGAACGUCAGGACAUCAAAAAGAUUCUCCUACAGAACUAGUAGCUACUACAAAUAAUAUUCACCAUCAUGUGAACUGAAUUAUACAGUCAUCUAUGUAUGUAUGCAAUGCAAUCUGUGAAUGUAUAGUACACAUACAUUACUAAACACACACAUUGAAACAAGAAAGAAAAAACAAUACAGC